AUGUCUUCACCACAACAGCGUCUGAGCUCUGUCGCAAACCAGCUGGCUGCUCCUGGUUCUGCCCGCCAGAAGCUCCUGGCCAAGAACCCCGAUGAUAUUGUCAUCACCUACCUCGCCCGUACACCUCUCACCAAGGCCCGCAAGGGUGGAUUGAAAGAUACCACCGUGGAUGACCUCCUAGUCUCCCUCCUCACGAGCGUCCGCGAAAACUCCAAGCUGGACCCCAGUCUCGUGGAAGAUGUCUGUGUUGGCAACGUCCUCUGCCCAGGCUCAGCCUACGUCGCCCGAUCAGCAGUCCUAGCAGCCGGCUUCCCGGUAACAGCAGCGGCCUCAAUCGCCAACCGAUUCUGCUCAUCCGGCCUGUUGGCCAUCCAAAACAUCGCGAACCAAAUUACCGCAGGAUCAAUCGACGUUGGCGUAGCCGUCGGCGCCGAAAGCAUGAGCAAGAACCAAGACGGCGGCGCACCAGAGAUGUCCGCCCGUAUCACGGCGCACCCAAUUGCCAGUCAGAACUCCCAGCCCAUGGGUCAAACAUCCGAGAACGUAGCAUCUCAAUUCAACAUCAGCCGCGCGCAGCACGACGCCUUCGCCGCGAAGAGUUUCCAGAAGGCCGAGCGGGCGCAGAAGGCCGGCUGGCUCGAUGACGAGAUCGUGCCUGUCAAGACUCAGAUUAAGGAUCCUAAGACUGGCGAGGUUAAGGAUAUUGUUGUUGAUCGUGAUGAUGGCAUUCGUUAUGGUACCACUCCUGAGUCGCUGGGUAAGGUUCGCGCUGCGUUCCCGCAGUGGACGCCUAGUGCUACUACUGGUGGUAAUGCUAGUCAGAUUACUGACGGUGCUGCUGCGUUGGUGCUUAUGAAGCGGUCGCGUGCCCUGGAGCUUGGACAGCCUAUUGUUGCUAAGUUCUGUGGUGCGACUGUUUCUGGUCUUGAGCCGCGGAUCAUGGGUAUUGGGCCUUCGCUUGCUAUUCCUAAGAUUUUGGGCAAGUUCAACUUGGGCAAGGAUGAUGUUGAUAUCUUUGAGAUUAACGAGGCUUUUGCUUCCAUGGGUGUCUACUGUGUCAGCAAGCUCGGCUUGGAUGAGUCCAAGGUUAACCCCCGUGGUGGUGCCAUUGCCUUCGGCCACCCCCUCGGUGCUACCGGUGCCCGCCAGGUCGUUACUGCUCUCUCUGAGCUGCGCCGCCAGGACAAGCGCGUCGCCGUGACCUCCAUGUGUGUUGGAACUGGAAUGGGUAUGGCCGGUAUCUUCGUUUCCGAGCACUAA